AUGAAAUUCAUAAAAGAUCAAUUCCUCCUUUUGAGAUAUCAUAUGAUAAAUCAUAAAACAAGAAAGACUGUUUGUAAAAUGCUUUGCCCGGGCACAUUACCAUUUCUAAAAUGUCUAAUCUCCGAGGACAAAGAAUUAGGAGUCCACAUUAUUAUUCAAAAGAAGCCUAUAUCUCCAAAACAUGUGGUUGGUGUAAAAAUGUUCAAAUAUUGGUGGAAUUGUAAAGCUGUAAUGGAUCAAGAUGAAAAUGGAGCUCAAGGAAUCUUUCUUCAGGCAUUGCUUAAUGGAGCCUUGAUUCUCUCUGAUGAUCAUGCAAGAAAUAGUAGUCAUACUUAA